AAAAAAGAGAGACUUUUAGGGUUCAAUUAAUCUAGAGAAGUCCACAAAGUGCUUACAUCAAAACAAACUUAUUUCCAGAUCUUUCUACUAACAUCUUACUAUAAAACGUUUCACAUACAAAGCAAAAUCAGAUAAUACAUCAAAGAAAAAUCUAGAUUCUCCUUGAUGACAACCGACUCUCCUCCACUAUAAAUAAACCCAUCAUUCCUUAGCUUUAUGCUCAACACAUCAAUAUACCAUCAACAACAACAACACAAUAUUUCUACAAAUUCUCUCAUCAAACAAACUUCUUUCAUUAAUAUUACAAUCUUUAUCACCCACAUUGUUAAAAAAUUAAUACAUUUAUCUUGAUCAAAUUUGCAUAUGGCAAAAGUUGUAAUUCCAGUGUUAUUCCUAACCAUCUUUAUAGGACUUGUAGUCCUCCCAGUGAAAGGGUUGGUGCCCUUCACAAGAACAAUUUGGGAUGAACUCGACGACCCGUUUCGAGUUCUUGAGCAAACUCCGCUUCCUCUUCCUAAAACCAAUAAUUUCGAAUCCUUACGCCUUACCUUAUUAGCUAAGGCAGAUUGGAAAGAAACUAAAGAUGCUCACAUUAUUAGCCUUGACAUUCCUGGCAUGAAAAAAGAUGAUGUCAAGAUUGAGGUGGAAGAAAACAGGGUGCUUAAGGUAAGUGGGGAGAGGAAGGCAGAAGAAGAACACGAAGGCAAUAAGUGGCACCGAGCUGAGCGUACAACUGGUAAGUUUUGGAGGCAGUUUCGGUUACCUGCUAACGCGGAUUUGGAUCAUAUUAAGGCUCAUCUUGAAGAUGGAGUGUUGAAGAUUACAGUGCCUAAGCUCGCCGAGGAGAAGAGGAGGCAGAGUAAGGUUAUUGACAUUGGUGUUGAUGAGUCUAAAGGUGAAGAUCUUAAAGCUACCAAGGCUGAUAUGUAACAUGAUUUUCUAAUUGAAUGUCAAAUGUUUAUGAUUGAGGAGUUUUGUUUUACUAAUAUUAUGCAAGUAAUGGUGGUUGUAUUACAUACAUUUAUCUGUUUGUUUGGUGCAUGCCUUUUAAGGGUGUGAUCUUAAUCUGUUUUUCCCAAACGUAUAUAAGUAUAUAAUAAGAAAUUUCAUUUUAGUAAUGUAUUAAUGUAUGGUGUUUUGUGUCUUUAUUAUUGAAAAUAUGGGAUUAGUGAAUGAUUGAGCAUAAUA